GGGUUUUAGCGCUUCAAUUCAGUGAUGGAGUGGAGAGCCAUGGCGGCGGUGAUGUUUCCGGUGUGCUCGAGAGUCAUCCCGGACAGGAGGUGCCGUGCUUUUAAGCCGGCUUCCCAUUUCCAAAGUGCCGUUUCCAAAAGGAGAGUGAUGGUGAGAUGCGCGAAAGAAGACCCAACUACUGGAAUGCGCAAAGACUGGUUGCUAGACGACGAGCACGCACUAGAAGCGGAGCUGCAGCAAGCUAUACAGUCCGAGGAUUAUGCCAAGGCCGCGAUUGUACGUGACAGGCUGCGGGGCGUCCAACAGGAUGGUGUUACCGGCGUGCUCGAAGCCAACGCUCGCUUCUACAGAGCUUUUGAGCAAGGGGACCUGGCAACAAUGCGCAAGAUGUGGAAGAAAGGCGACAACGUACACUGUGUUCAUCCUGGCGCCGGACGAAUCUCCGGCCACGAGCUUGUGAUAUCGAGCUGGGAAGUGAUGCUGGGACCGGAGGUGGAUUUCCCGCUGCGGAUUCGUCUGGAACAUGUGGAAGUCCGUGUGAGGGGAGACUUGGGAUAUGUUACGUGCUUGGAAGUGGUGCGGUCGGGGACGAGCUGGGGGAAACAGGUUGCAACGAACGUCUUUGAGAGGCAAGAUGGUGUGUGGCAAAUUUGCAUGCACCAUGCUUCUCCAGCCCCCGACAGCUAGAUUUUCUUCGAAGAAAAUCUACAAAAACUUCUUUUUCCGAGAAACUCGACGCAGCUCUAGAAGAUGGGGAAGAUCGAACUGGAAUCCAGGCACGUAAGGUUGUCGCGUUCUUGAGAGCUGGUUGGGCAGCGGCUGCAGCAGCAUCCAGGUCUUGCCGUUUCGUCAUGAGCAUGAGCAUCCGGAACGCUGCGCUGUUCUGGAGCGAGCCAAAGCAGCUUGUUUGGUUGCAAACCAAAGUUGGCAGACACGGAGCAAAAGAUCAGGCAGUCGAACUCAUCGCCAGCAUCUUCUGGAGCAGCUCCGGACUAGCGAUCUGUCCUGCGGAGCUCAAGAACACAACUUUGCAGUCAGAUGCAAUAUAGACGUUAGACGAGAAGAGGCAAGCAUGAAAAAUGAGAACUUUACCUUGGGGAAUUUGAUGGGCGUGCUGGAUCCGAAAGUCUGGAGCUCCGCGAGCGAGAAGGUGGCGACGCGCGCUGUCCCGGUCAUUGGGAGUGAGAUCCACUGGAAGCAUGGAGGCAAGUCCACUAGCUUUUUCCCGUUCACUCUCGUCUCGUCGCAAGAUUAAGAAGCAAGCAAUCUAUGCAGUUCCAGCUCGGCAUUUCAUCCAAAGCAGUCCACGAGACUGAGGCAUUAGCGAAAGGAGGUGAUCGAGUUCUUCCAAAUUGCCGUCGUGAGUUCCACACGGCCAGAUCUUUGUCGGGCCACAAUAUUUGAUUUUGCAUCGUUCGAUGGUAAUAUAAGAUCAUAGAAAGUUAAAAAUCA